UAGGCUGCUCUUCUGGCCUGAUAGGCUUACCAGGUUCCACUAAUCUUGCUUUUUCUUAUUGUUGUUACCUUCAUUCCCCUCCAAUCGACCAUUUCAGCGGGCUUUGCAUACCCUUCGAAGAAUGGUCUAUUACGUUAUAGAACAACCACAUACUCGUGUGUCUAGUUGCUUCAUGGGUCACCAAUUCUACUUUCUUUUCGCUGUCGGUAUUGGGCUGUGUAUUCCUUUAAAAGUGUCCUCCACGGAAGAUUUAACCUCCAGCACAAGACCAUCCAACAUCACGAGUUCUUUGUCGGAUCCCAAUCUCACUGCCCAUGCAGACAACCACCAGGUCAUACCUACAGCCUCAGUUGUGGAAAGGCCAAACAUAACUUCCAAAUGGCCACUCAAUCAAGCGUUACCUGUGGUCGGUCAGACAUUUUCUCGCUGCAAGCUCAGGUCUAUCAAUUGGGCGAACCACAGUUUGGGCCAGUUGAUUCUACUGGAUCACGUUCAGGCUGCUCGCUGGUUUGACGCAAGCUUUGGAAAAAGGCAAGCCCAUUCUGCAGAUACAAGCAAAUCAGACUCACAUAAGUCCAGACACUUCUCAAAAACACCCAGUCUUGACUGUCACUUCGUAUUCAUCUAUUCCACCAAAUGUCCGUUCUCGGUCGCCGCUCUCCCUUUUGUCAAGGCUCUGGCUCGAGCCUUCCCACAGUUCCUUUUCCAUGCAGUCCAAGUGGAAGACUACACUGCACAUCGUUGGAGUCUUCGUAUGCUUUAUGUACCAAAGUUCAAGCUUAUCGUUGAUGGACGAAUAAUUCGUGAAUAUUCAGGUUCUGACACAAAUCUGGAUGGAUUAAUCGACUUUGUUUGGAUCAACACACGUCAGGUUCCCAAAGGCCCCAUCGGUCUAGAAAGUGCAGACUACCAAGGUAACCCUCCUAUGCCACAUUCUGGAAACGCUCUUCUCCUCAUCCUUUCGUGGUCAACUGUAAUAUCGAGUGCGGCUUAUCUCCUCUGUAUUUUCGGCCCCACCAUUACUGUGUACCUUUCUACCCUAUUUCAUCGACUGAGUCGCGGUCGCUUGGGUAAAGCUCCACAAGAAACUACUCCCGGAACGCUUAUUACUUGGGAUCCCGGUCACUUGGUACCCAGAGAUUGUUGACUCAGUACUGUGGUAUUCGCAUUUAUCUGAGCUGAUUUCUCAGCACAUUGACUACGUCCUUGCGUUGCCUUUGGCGUUCAAAGGCUUGAGGAUGAUACUCUGAACGAUGGCAUGGACCAACAUUUGCCUUGCAGUUUCUGUCGAUAUCAUCGCAUUAUUCUCUCGUCCCAUCGUAUGAUAAAGAAGUACCUAUAAUAUAUCAUUUUUGAAGCUCCG